AGAGAGAGAGAGAGAGAGAGAGAGGGGAAGAGUCCACUGAUACAGUACCGGCGAACCACGCGGGGACGAGACUGACCCGGUAAGGACAGAGCCAGAGGGAGACGUUUAGACAGUGAACGAAAGACACUUCGGCAUCUGACCUGGCCUUCUCAAAGAGGAAAAGAUAGUUGGAUAGUUGGCAGCUGAAGGACCUCGGACAUCAGCCUGCGUGAUGUCUAAACAGCCAUCGUCAAACGUCAAAGCCUUGCAGGCCAACCUCAAUAUUCCAAUGGGAGCUUUGCGUCCGGGGGCGGGGCAUCCUGUGAAGAGGAGAGAUGAGUCAGUGGACAUAGAAGAGGCUCCGGCAGUCUCUCCAGAGGAGAAGAAGCACCUGCCCGGUGCCGUGAAACUGCCAGGCCCGGCUGUCAACCUCUCCGAGAUCCAGAACGUGAAGAGUGAGCUCAGAUGGGUCACUAAGGACUAGUCCCACAUCGGUGACUUCCCCAUCUCCAUCCCUCAUGUUCAGGAAGCUCUACCAGCUUUGCCAUUCAAUCUGAUUUCUCCAUCAACUAAGGGUCAGCUCCAACUAACCCCAACUUCACAACACACCCCAACUCCAAAACCUCCAACUGCUCCAACCAAGAGGCUCAUCAGACAAUUGAAGCUGAGCAUUCCUGCAGUAACCCCAUCCCACUCUGGCCUUAGGUUGAAAAUACACACCAGAAGACGACAGUGGAUUGCACCUGUACAUGGACUGAUGGGCAGGAAACCGUUGGUUUUAGACCAGGCUUUAAUCUGUUUGAUGUCAGUCAUUUCAAAGCCUUAUAAUGAACCCUGUAGCCUAGCCUCCUUUGUGACUCCCUGUUUAAGCCUACCAUGUGUGGUCUGACAGUGAGUAGAUCUCAUAGCCAAACUGCGAGUCUCUUUGCUUUCACGUGUGGAGUGACAUUUUUAAAUUCUUUUUAUAGAUCCUGAAUCAUGCUGGAUUAUGCAAGUGUACUGAAUUCUGUGGUAGCAAGAUUAAUCCGCACUGUCCGUAGCAAAAGUGACGAAUGCCACCUCGCCACAUUCAGUCUGAACAAAUGUGAGACACUAAAAAACAAGACUAUUUGUUUUCCCUUUCACUCCAUGGUCUUUGCUCUUAAUUCACUCCAUGUUGUUGCCUCUGCUUCGACGUGAUCCUGCGUCUUUGUUAUGUGCGAGCUGCACUGCGGAGUGUGGGCUGACACGUACCGAACCACGACUCCGUGUGCUCACGAGCAGCGCCGGUGUGGGAGGGGGAAGCAAUCAUUUGUUGUUCUUUGAACACACUGAACUGGAUUUGGAAUGCUUUGCCACUCCGUUUCAUUAGCUCUCAGACAUGCGACUUGGGAGGAGCUGCUAUAGGAUAUUUUCCCAAGGGCAGAGUAAACGCUUCACUGUUCCACAGCGACGGUGGCAGGACAGCACGCCUGUCCAUGUCAAAGUGUCCUUAUUUGAUAUUCUGCGCUCUUCCUCUAACCAGACUUUGAGGCAGUCUAUACCGAGGGCUAAAGGUAAUACAACCUAUGGAGAUUUAUUCGAACCUGGCUCACAAAUAAAAUAUGCUACAACCUGU